UUAAACUAUCGAUGUUUAUAACCAAUUGUCAAUAUAUCAUAUAAUUUGCUUAUUAUUUAUAUUAAAAAAUAUUGUUAAAUGUUUUCAUACAAGAAGAGGUCGAGCCUUACAUCCAGUGGUGAUUCAACUGAAGAGUCGGUAAAGACGAUGGCCUCGACAGCGAAUCGGCCAUUUCUGGCCAUUUCGAUGCAAUUGGAGUCAUCGGCCCGUGAGAUACACGAGACGUUUGAACACUUAUACGACGAGAACAUUCAAAACGCUGCUGAGGCUGACCUUCAAGAGUACACGUCUGUGGCAUUACAUCUCUGCAAACGCAAAGUCCUAAAGCCGUACUUCCGAUUGCUUGCAGUGUUGGGUUGGCGACCAAUAGUAUAUCCGAUAGCACCCGAAGUGACAUUUACGGCAAAGGUGUUCAAUGUAUUAUACACGACAAUUGUCAUACUAGUCAUCGUUGUUGGCUAUGUCCUACAGUAUGCCUCCUGUUUUCGACAGGACGGCUAUCCGCCAUAUCAUAGCGAGGCCAGCGAUCAUCUGAUUGAUGACUCGCACAAGUGGUCCACUCCAUACAAAUUGUGGUAUAAAACUCAUAAUAAUGAAGACUAUUCUUCGACGACAAAAUGGCCAAACAAUUACACGACAGCUACCACUGAGCUAUCAUUACUCACCCGAAGACACACCGGUGACAACUCGUUGAAAUGUUCGGGAAAUUUCAUUAGUCUUUAUCUGAUCCCUGAUUUGUUGCAUUUGUUUGCCUAUCUCUUUGUCUUGCAUUUGAUGAGAACUCCGGAGAGUGAAUGUCUUCAUAAUCUUCUGGAGCGCGCCUUUCUUCAGUCCACACGAAUCAAUGGCUGGUUUAUCGCCCAAAAGAAAUUGGUUCAGACGUUGCGUAGAUUUCUCUGGUUGGGCGUCACUUGGGUGACCAUCUCAGUGAUCGGCCAUACCGUACACAUAACAGUGUUCCAAGAGAUCUGUUUCACUUGGAUGGAGCCAAACAACGAAACUGUGGUUAAAAUAAUGACAGUUUUCACCAUAUUUUCGUUGACUUGGAAUGACAUCAUAUGUGCCGCUAUUGUCAUCAGUUAUUCAGUGCACUGUCAGCUAAACAUCUCAUAUAUUAACAAUUUGGUGUCCGGUGUGCGUGAAAAGCGUAUUGACUUUCAGGAGUUCAGCAAAAGGACGGGUGAAUCGCGCAAAUUCAUCGACUAUCUGAACUCAGAGCAGGCACUGGGAGUCGCCCUUUUGAUUAUCAAUUUUGGCUGUCGUGCAGUUGUAGCCAUAUUUGGACUGUUGACACAACAAGUUGUCGUUACCAAUGACCUGAAGAUAGCUGUGAUGGUUUUAAUCUCGUCAUUACUCUGGUUUACAUUACUCAGUGUACCCAUUGUUCAAGCCGUCCGACUGACCAAUUGUUGUCACGAUUUGAGACGAUUGGGACACGAACUUAGAUCGCGACCGUUCGGCUAUCAGGAGACCACUCAAGAGGACUUGGAUUCUCUUCUUCUCUAUACCUGUAAUAUCAAAAUGGAGGCCAAAAUGUUGAACAUACCUAUCCGGGCAUCCGGUGUGGCCUCGAUCCUAGUGAUCACAAUGUUUUUAGUGCUAUUUUUAGGUCAAAUUAAUUUUGUCAAAUUUUAGACAAUAAUAUAAUUUUUAAACUAACUCAUC